CCGCAAACGAAUAUAACCUGUAUAACUUCCUGUCGGUAGUUUUUGCCAUAUUGGCGACUUUUUGAUUGUCAACUUGAAGUUAUUUAUUUAUAUAUAAGUUAGUGGUGAAAAUAAAAUGACGGGAAACGAUUCACAAGGAAGCCACUCUGGGCUUCAUUUUAAAGUACCUCCAAUUCAAGAUAAUCCGUUGGGAUGGGGACCGUGCGAAUUACCUGACCAAUUUAAGGACAUGCCCUAUCAACCAUUCAGUAAAGGAGAUCGUUUAGGUAAAAUUAGUGAUUGGACUGGUGCAACUUUCCAGGAUAAAAAAUAUGCAAACAAGUAUGCAUCUGCAUUUGGAGCUGGUAGUCAAUAUGCUUACUAUCAUGAUGAAGAUGAAUCUACUUUCCAUCUUGUUGAUACUACUCGAGUGCAGAAACCUCCAUACCAAAGAGGACGUUUCCGAGCUAAUCAACGUAAUAUGCGUGGUGGUCGUGGUGGGCGAGGUGGCCUACAAAAUUCGGGAAUGCAAGCCCUGGGUAAAAGCUUGAAACUACGUGAUAGGGAGCGUAAAGGUGUAACUAAAAAGUGGGGCCAAGCUCGUCCACCAAUUAAAAUACGUGAUGCAUCUGUGACUGUUCGACCUGAUUGGGUAACUAUUGAAGAAAUGGACUUCCCACGAUUAGCAAAAUUAUCUUUACCCAAUAUUAAAGAAGGUGAAGAUAUCUUGUGCUGCGGUAACUUGGAGUACUAUGAUAAGAGUUACGAUCGUGUUAAUGUUAAACAUGAGAAACCGUUACAACGUAUUGAUCGAAUUUUCCAUACCGUUACCACCACUGAUGAUCCAAUUAUUCGUAAGCUUUCCAAAAAUGAAGGCAACGUAUACGCAACUGAUGCAAUUUUAGCAACAAUUAUGUGCUGUACUCGUUCAAAUUAUUCAUGGGAUAUUGUCAUUGAAAAAAUUGGAGAUAAAUUAUUCUUCGAUAAACGUGACAAUACAGAAUUUGAUUUAUUGACUGUAAAUGAAACGUCAGUUGAACCACCUCAAGAUGAUGGCAAUUCUUUAAAUUCGCCAAGGAAUUUGGCAUUGGAAGCUACGUUCAUUAAAAAUAAUUUCAGUCAACAAGUUUUGAAAAGUGGAGCAACUGAACCAAAAUAUAAAUUUGAAAAUCCAAAUCCAUUUAUUUCGGAAGAAGAAGAAGGUGAAGUUGCUAGCGUUGCUUAUCGAUACCGAAAGUGGGAUUUGGGAGGUGGAAUUGUUUUGGUUGCCCGUUGUGAACACGACGCUGUUGUACAAUCACCAAAUGGUGAAUUGCAAUUUUUAUCGAUUAAAGCUUUGAAUGAAUGGGAUUCAAAGUUAGCCAAUGGUGUUGAAUGGCGUCAAAAAUUGGAUACCCAACGUGGUGCUGUAUUAGCCAACGAAUUGCGUAAUAAUGCUUGUAAACUAGCAAAAUGGACAGUUCAAGCUCUCUUAGCUGGUAGCGAUCAAUUGAAAUUAGGUUAUGUAUCAAGAGCAUUGGUACGUGAUUCAAGUAAACAUGUUAUUUUGGGCACGCAACAAUAUAAACCUCAUGAGUUUGCAACACAAAUCAAUCUUAAUAUGGAUAAUGCUUGGGGUAUUUUACGGUGUAUAAUCGACAUUGUUAUGAAGCAGAAGGAUGGUAAAUAUUUGAUAAUGAAGGAUCCAAAUAAGCCAAUGAUUCGUUUAUAUGAUAUUCCUGAUAAUACAUUCGAAUCCGAUGGAGAAUCUGAUUCAGGAGAUGAUGGUGCAACUGAUGUCAAUACUUUUCAAUCACUUUAUCCGUACACUUCCAGCAGCAAACGAUAAAAAUAUUGAAUGAAAUAACACAUUGUAACGUAUUUUUUAAAUAUUUGUAUGGAAAAAAUAUAUAACUUGGUGAAAAUUAUUGAAGUAUUACCAAAUAUAAUCACUAUUUGGAAUGGAA